AUGCCUUCUGGAAGAAUGCUGGAUGUGCGAAUGCGAGAGCUCAGCCUUGGGUUUGAAACUAUUGCCGUUCUACAGACCAACACACAACUACAACACUACAACAAUUACACAACUACCAAAAUGUGUCUACCGUUUUUCAGAAAGAAGAAACAACCAAUGGUCUACGACUACUAUCCUCAACCUGUAAUGGGCUACUCAAACAAAUACGACAAGCACGGGUACUCAAAGAAGUACAACUCAAAGAAGUACAAGAAGCAACGCAAAUAUGAUCACAUGGGAUCAGCUGUUGGUAAUGCGGCAGGCAUCUGGGCUGAUGGAUGGGGCGGCAGUGGUGGUGACGGCGGAGGAGGAGGUGGUGGUGGUUGUGAUGGAGGUGGUGGCGGUGGAGGAGCUUGCUAA